AUAUUGAGUAAAAAAAUUUCGUAGAUCAUAUAUCUCCUGUAUUCUAUACAACUUAUAAGGAACUCCUUUUCAAAAAGCAGCGGACCAAAAGAUGAAAAUUCACUUUAAAAACAAAAAUAAAGACAUUGAUGUAUAUAUAUAGUUAUAGGUAACUUUAGUAGAAGUCACGGAUCCAAGGUAAGGUAAGGAAUAAAAAUGAAGUGGGUCAUAUGACUAAAGCUGAUCGUGUAGCUAUUUUCAACAUCUACCUUCUGCUUUAGGCGUUUUCAAGGUGAACCCCAACAAGGAAAAAAAACCUCCAUCACCAAAAUGGCGCUGAGCAACAAUGUGAUUGGUGCAAUAAACUUCGUCGCUAUGCUUCUUUCAAUUCCUAUAAUCGGUGCAGGGAUCUGGCUGGCAAUGGAAACAGACAACUCGUGCGUGAAGAUUCUGCAAUGGCCUGUGAUUAUCUUGGGGAUAUUGAUUCUGGUAGUAGCAAUAGCAGGGUUUGUAGGAGGAUUUUGGAGAAUACCAUGGCUGCUGAUAUUUUACCUAAUAGCAAUGCUGAUCCUGAUAAUAUUGCUUGCAUGUUUGGUGGUAUUCAUAUAUAUGGUAACGAUUAGGGGGUCAGGACACCUUGAACCAAACAGAGCCUACUUGGAAUAUCACUUGGAUGAUUUUUCAGGAUGGCUUCGCCGGAGGGUUCAAAGUUCUUACAAGUGGGAUCGAAUAAGAAGCUGCCUUAGCUCAACCGAUAACUGUGCUGAGUUGAACCAGAGAUUUCGCAUGGCGCAGGAUUUCUUUAAUGCUCAUAUUACCCCCUUACAGUCAGGAUGCUGCAAGCCCCCUACGCAAUGUGGGUAUAACUUUGUGAACCCAACGUAUUGGAUAAGUCCCAUAUACGACGCAGCAGACAUGGACUGCCUGAACUGGAACAAUGACCAAACUCAACUGUGCUACGGUUGCGAUUCGUGCAAGGCAGGGUUGUUGGCUAACUUGAAAAAGGAAUGGAGAAGGGCAGAUAUCAUAUUGCUCAUAACUCUUGUAGCUUUGAUAUGGGUGUAUUUGAUAGGCUGCUGUGCCUUUAGGAAUGCCAAGACAGAGGAUCUAUUCCGCAGAUACAAGCAAGGUUACACCUGAAGAAGCAAAUGUUCACUAUCUUAAGAUUUGUUUUCCAUUAUCUUAUUAUUAUUAUUAUUAUUAUGUAUCAUUACAAGCAAGUUCAUGGUUUUCUUGAUUAGCAGUUAAUUAGCAGUGUGUUGUGGUACAAAGUUGUGUUGCUGUAGAAACUUGGAAUUAAUGGGAAAGUGCGCACCGAAAGUUAAUUGCUUGUC